GGGACCGCCGUUCUAAACCUCUGGUCGGCUCCUCCUCAAACCCUAGGGUUUAAGGCUGUCUGAUUACAAAACCAGCUCGGCGGGAGAGGGAAGACCGACACACAGAGAGAGAGAGCUCUUGGGCGGAUGCAGCUAUGGUUAAGGCAUACCUGAGGUAUGAACCUGCAGCGGCAUUCGGAGUGAUAGUCUCCGUGGAAGGGAACAUCACGUACGACAGCUCCGGCAAGCACCUCCUCGCUCCGGCGCUCGAGAAGGUUGGGGUCUGGCACGUGCGUCAGGGUGUCUGCACCAAGACUCUGUCGCCUUCUGCUUCCUCCGUUGGUCCUUCCCUCGCCGUCACCUCCAUCGCCUCUUCUCCUUCUUCUCUGAUUGCAAGUGGCUAUGCAGAUGGUAGCAUAAGAAUAUGGGAUUCUGGGAAAGGUUCAUGUGAGACGACAUUGAAUGGACAUGAGGGUGCUGUUUCUGCUCUUAGAUACAAUAAGCUUGGGUCCUUGCUUGCUUCGGGAAGUAAAGACUGCGACAUUAUCCUAUGGGAUGUGGUAGGGGAGACUGGCCUUUAUCGACUGCGUGGCCAUCGCGACCAGGUGACAGACCUUGUCUUCUUGGAUUCUGGUAAGAAACUUGUUAGUUCCUCAAAAGACAAGUAUCUCAGAGUGUGGGAUCUAGAGACACAACAUUGUAUGCAGAUUGUCGGGGGCCAUCAUAGUGAAAUCUGGUCCAUUGAUACUGAUUUAGAAGAAAGAUACCUGAUCACUGGGUCUGCCGAUCCGGAACUUCGAUGUUACACAAUUAAGCAUGAAUCAGUGGACGGGAAUCCACUACUUAGUACAGAUGGAUCUACUACCAUUGUCAAUGGCAAUAUGUCCACUCAUAAUAAAAGGGAAGUCUUGAAACAGCUUGGUGAAAUUAAGCGGCAGACCAAGGAUAGGGUGGCCACUGUCAGAUUUAAUGAGCCUGGAAAUUUGUUGGCUUGUCAAGUGGCAGGAAAGAUAGUGGAAGUGUUUCGUGUAUUAGAUGAAGCUAGUGCAAAGCGUAAAGCGAAACGAAGGAUUAGCAGGAAAAAAGAGAAGAAAUCAGCAAAACCUGGUGCAUCUGAAAAUGGAGAUGCAGUGCAUGCUACUGAAGAAGAAGAUAUUCUUGCAGUCACGGCUGGUGAUGUUUUUAAGCUCCUUCAAACCAUUCGAGCAAGCAAGAAGAUCUGCUCUAUUUCUUUUUGUCCCGUUACCCCAAAAAAUUCACUGGCAACGUUAGCAUUGUCUUUGAACAAUAACUUAUUAGAGUUUUACUCUGUUGAGACAAAUAGCACCAAUAAGACACUUGCUAUUGAGCUUCAGGGACACCGAUCUGAUGUUAGAAGCGUUACACUCAGUUCAGAUAACAGCCUUUUGAUGGCUACUAGUCACAGUGCUGUAAAGAUUUGGAAUCCUAGCACGGGUUCCUGCUUACGAACCAUUGAUUCUGGGUAUGGCCUAUGUGGUUUGAUUUUACCUCAAAACAAGUAUGCUCUUGUUGGAACUAAAGGCGGAGCAAUUGAAAUAAUUGAUAUUGGAAGUGGCACUUGCAUUGAAGCCGUGGAAGCUCAUGGUGGUAAAGUUUAUUCUAUAGUAGCCAUUCCAAAUGAAAAUCGUUUUGUAACUGGAAGUGCAGAUCACGACAUAAAGUUCUGGGAAUAUGGAGUUAAGCAGAAACCUGGCCAGGAUUCCAAGCAUCUAACUAUAUCGAAUGUGCAUACCAUGAAGAUGAAUGAUGAUGUUCUGGCUGUUACUGUAAGCCCAGAUGCUCAAAAACUCGCUGUUGCACUCUUAGACUGCACAGUGAAGGUUUUCUUCAUGGACUCACUCAAACUUAUGCAUUCCUUGUACGGCCACAAGCUUCCUGUCUUUUGUAUGGAUAUAUCUUCCGAUGGAGAUCUGAUCGUGACUGGCUCUGCUGACAAGAAUUUGAUGAUUUGGGGCUUAGACUUUGGCGAUCGCCACAGAUCCCUCUUUGCUCACGCUGAUAUUGUUAUGGCAGUGCAGUUUGUGCGCAAUACGCAUUAUGUCUUUAGCGUGGGGAAAGACUGUCUAGUUAAAUACUGGGACGCUGACAAAUUUGAGUUGCUCUUGACCCUUGAGGGACAUCAUGCUGAUAUUUGGUGCCUUGCAAUCAGCGAUCGGGGUGAUUUCCUUGUCACUGGUUCUCAUGACAGGUCUAUACGCCGAUGGGAUCGUACUGAAGAACCGUUUUUUAUUGAGGAAGAGAAAGAGAAAAGAUUGGAGCAGAUGUUCGAGUCUGACGCGGACAAUGCAUUUGGAAAUAGGCAUGCACCCAAGGAAGAACUUCCAGAAGAAGGAGCCGUGGCCUUAGCAGGAAAGAAAACUCAAGAAACCCUUUCUGCAAGUGACUCUAUCAUUGAGGCUUUGGAUUUGGCCGAAGCUGAAAUAAAGAGAAUUGCUGAAUAUGAGGAGGAGAAAACCAAGGGGAAAGUUGCUGAGUUCCAACCUAAUUACUUGAUGCUUGGACUCUCUCCUUCAGAUUUUGUUCUUCGUGCACUUUCCAGUGUUCAUUCGAAUGAUCUGGAGCAGACAUUACUGGCUUUACCCUUUUCAGACGCUCUAAAACUUUUAUCUUAUCUGAGGGAUUGGACUUCAUAUUCUGACAAGGUUGAGCUUAUCUCAAGGAUUGCCACAGUCCUCCUUCAGACACAUUACAACCAGUUGGUGUCUACUCCUGCUGCAAGACCCAUAUUGUCUAAUCUGAAAGACAAUCUUCCUAAAAAAGUGAAGGAAUGCAAGGACACGAUCGGGUUUAAUCUUGCUGCUAUGGACCAUCUCAAGCAACUGAUGGCUAUGGGGUCAGAUGCACUCUUUCAAGAUGCGAAAGUGAAGCUGAUGGAAAUGCGUGCGAGCAAUACAAAACGCGCUGAGGCAAGGACAGACAUGAAAGGAGAAAAACGCAAAAAGAAGAAGCAAAAGAAAUCAGAUGAUAGUAAAAUGCAUGCCGUUUCUCUGAUCUAGGACAGGGGAGCUGCUAUGUACAAAAUACAGACUCUACAAGCAAAAAUUUACGGCUCAUGGAGAAGGUUUAUUUAUCUCUCUUACUCUCUUACUUGAAGUUCUUCCCUUCGAAUGUCUGCCCAAACUGCCAGUUUGGGGGGGCAACAUGCCAAGAGGUGGAUGUUCUUCCGUCUACAGCCCGAACUCUGAAGGUUAGCGACUGCCCAACUAGCAUAGCAUCAGUCUCCCAUUUUUGACCCCACAGUCGCUUCAUAGCCGUCCACGGGGUCUUGUUGCCUUUCACCUGCAAGCCCACGACCUCGCCGGCUCCACCCACAUUCCACACGAGCACCUGGUUGAAGUAUGGGUUCCCAGUCAUCGUGAACUUGAUCCCUCCUUUCUUCUGGCAUGGCACCCUGCAAUUUUGAUUCUCGUGUUACAUUCCUAGGUUUUGGUAUGAGGUCUUCGUAUUUUGAUGGAGUUCUAUUUUAUUUCCAAUAUGGGGAAAGAAAUGUAACAUAGCAUCUCAUCUUGUAAGAACGAUGAUAAACUAACUUAUAUGAAGGUCUCGUCUCUUUCUGAAUUGAACCCAA